GCCAUUCUCUCAGCUCGGUCGUUACUCAAAACUUAGCGGAAAAAUGUCGGAAGCACUGCGAAACGCUCUGAUAAAACUGCAGGCCUUCAUUGGACUGAUCGGCCUCGCGGCCCUAACUCCACUGCUCAUUUUGGCCGCUACUCUCAGCCGGCUGAUCGCCACAGUCUGCCGUUGUCCAAAGCCGAAGAGCAUCGAGGGAGAAGUGGCUGUGGUCACUGGAGCUGGUCAUGGCCUUGGUCGAGCCAUCUCUCUGGAAUUGGCCAAGAAGGGUUGUCACAUUGCCGCCGUAGACAUAAAUCUCUCUGGCGCCGAAAGCACCUGUAAAAAAAUCCAGGAAAUCUAUAACGUUCGGGCUAGGGCCUACAAGGCCAAUGUAACUAAUCACGGGGAACUGGUUGAGCUAAAUACCAAAGUGGUUGGUGAUCUGGGACCGGUAACGGUCCUAGUCAACAAUGCGGGCGUCAUGUUGCACCGUAACUUGUUGAACCCGGAACCUUCCGAUGUGCAGCUCAUGAUCGAUGUCAACCUAACGUCGCACUUUUGGACAAAAUUGGUUUUCCUUCCGCCCAUGAAGGCUUUGCGCAGAGGUUUCAUAGUCACCAUCAGUUCGCUGGCAGGUGUCUUCCCGUUACCCUAUGGUUCGGCUUACACGGCCACUAAAGCGGGAACCCUGGCCCAUAUGAGGGCCCUGCGAGUGGAGUUGGCCAUGGAGAAGCAGAAGGACAUCCAUGUGACCACCGUAAUGCCCGCCUUUCUGCGCACCAACGAUGAGGUGACCCACCUGUCGAAUACUGUCGGAAUAACGGACCUCUAUCCUCUGUUGAGUGGAGAGGAGGUGGCUCGCCGGGUCGUGGCCGGAAUGUUGCGGGGUGAGCACGAGAUCACCUUGCCCGGAUUGGCAUCCGUUCUCUACCGACUGGUGCAUCUUUUGCCCGUCGAGUGGCAGGUUAAAAUGAUGCUGCUAACUGGCAGCAGUCAGUUCAGUAAGUUUUUGGAUUGGAAGAAAUAAAUAAAUAUUCGGGGAGGAAAA